AUGGCGAACGUAUUAGCGAAGAUGGUCAGCAAGAAGAUUCUGGGAGAGUCGCUCCAGAACAAAUUUGGCAAAGAGGAUCCGUACUUUGAGCAGGUCCCAGCAACCAGGCUCGACGGGCGGCCUACUGGCAAAUUCAAGAAGCGCAAGAAGGCCCUGCCGCCAGGCAUCUCAGAGCACGAUGGCCAAGUCUUGACCAAAGUCAAGCGACGAGCAUAUCGUCUGGACAUGUCCCUUUUCAACUUUCUGGGGAUCCGAUUUGGCUGGAGCAGCGUUAUCGGUUUGGUCCCUGCGGCUGGCGAUGCACUCGAUGCCUUCAUGGCAUUCAUGGUGUACAGGACAUGCUGUCAAGUGGAAGGGGGUCUCCCAACCUCCGUGAGGAUCCAUAUGCUGAUCAACAUCAUUCUGGAUUUCGUCGUUGGGCUGGUUCCAUUCCUUGGUGAUCUGGCCGACGCGUUGUUCCGUGCAAACACCCGCAAUGCAGCACUGCUUGAGGAGCACCUACGUCAAAAGGGCAAAAAGGAAUUGCGAAAGAGCGGCCAGCCAAUCCCAACCAUUGAUCCCAGCAGCGCUGAAGAAUACGACAGGAUCCAGCGAGAGGAUCCUCCCGAAUAUCAGUCGAACCCUCCGUCUCGCCGAGAGUCUCCAUCUCAGUAUAAUGACCGGCAUUAUAAGGAGCCGAGAGCCCCCGAUGCCGCCCGGGUCCGCGAUGACCGUGGCUAUCUUGGCCGCAACAAGACUCGUCCACAUGAUGUUGAGAUGGGCCAAGUCAAUUCAGAUGGUCAUCACCACGGCUCAAGUCGCUCUGGCAAGCAGCAGAGUAGGCGACACGGAUUGUUCUAG